AUGCUAUGGAUCCUCCUUCUUGUGAGUAGCACUCAGUCCGCAUGCCCUACUUUCCAAUGCACUUAUUUUUCAGAUGACUCGACUGACUGCGCAAAAUUUGUAAUGUCCAAAUCACAGAUUUUUAUUAAUCAAUAUCCGUGCAAUACCAUGAUGACUUUUUGCAAGUAUAGUGACUUAAUAAGCACUUGGCAUGAGCAUGAAAGCGAAGUAAGCACAUCUUCCUCAAGCUCAGAUAUAUCUUUGCCUGAAAUUUAUGCAAAUACAACUAGAAGAGUUCUAGCAUCAUCUUCAUCUUGGAACUCUACAUCUGGAGCAGCUAAUUACAUAGCCUGCAAGCAAUACACUGUACCUUAUACAACGCAAAAUAUUAAUGAAACUGCUGAAGAAAUAUGCACUAAUAAAGAUUCUUAUGCUAAGAAAAAACUUGCAUCAGGGGAACAUCUCAAAGAAUGCUCAUCUGAUCAAGAUUGCUUAUUAUUAGAUGGAACAUAUGGAAGUUGUGUGUGCUCUACAGUGGGAAGACAAUAUUGCACUUUGCAGCUUGGUGAUACUAUUGCAGCAGAUGCAAUAGAUGCUGCCUGCAAUAAAGAGUACACCAAGCUUAUGUAUUAUCUUUACUAUGUAGAUGCCUUUAUAGUUCUCAUUAACUCUCUUAAUUGCUUCUCCAUUAAUAUUUUUGAACAAAUCAUUUAUGAAGCUCAAUCUGAAGCAGUUUCUGGAAGUUCUACCACUUAUAGUAACAAUGGAUUUAUUUUAGACGGUGCUUUAAUAUCAGCUAUUAUUAUACUCAGUUAA